AUUUAAGUGAGAUAGAUCAUGUGUUGAAAGCUGUCGCCAUUGUGACUCAUGAACGCAAUUUUUGUUUGAGUGCUACGGUGUGCCCUGAAUGGAGGUUAAACCUGGGAUUCGGGACCCAGGAAGAGUGUCCCUUUCCCUUGAAUAGAGGUGUCCAGGGCCGUAGCCAGGAAGAAACUACAACCGAGGCCAACACACGGUCCGUUGUACGAAAUCAGCCGUAUGAAAUCUUCUAAUAUUAUCAGUCUGAUAAAAAAAAUAAAAAUCGACAGUAUUUGGUAAAAUUUUACCGAGGCGAGUGCCUCGGUUCGCCUCAUACUGGCUACGGCGGUGGUGUCCCUUUAAUAAAGGUAACAAAUACAAAGAUUAUGUGAACAUUUUUUCUCGGCCAAAUUUUGUAUCCUAUGAAUGGAGGUGUCCUUAAAAAGAGGUAUCCCAGAGGAGAGGUUCCACUGUAUUACAAUUUUGUUUUCUCGCUAUCCACAAAUAGCAAAAGCUAGUCUAGGUGGGAAGGUGAUUUCAUACUCAACAUGUUAACAGUCUAUCAAACAAACAAUUACUUAAGUUUGUCGAUAAACCCAACUUAUAUGUAUUGCCUUCAGUAAAUUCAAUUUCGGGAAUAGGAAGAGAGAUGGUGUGAGAGCAGCUUCCACCAAUGCGGCCUAGGAUCGAGUCCCGGCGUUGACGCCACAUGCAAUGUUGUUUGAACAGCAGGUUGAAUUUUUCUCUGUUAGUAGAUGUUUUUCUUCGGAUAUCUCGGUUUUCCCCUCUCCUCAAAACCUCCCUUUUUGGCGCGAAGCGAAGUUCCACGCACAGCCGGCACGGAAGCAACGAAGCCAGAAUAGGGACAAAACGUACGAAGCCUACUAUAGGAAAUACUUUAAAAGUCCUUAUGAUGAGAUCCACAAAGAAUCUAAGAACGACGAGGUUCGCCAAGUUUACGUUAUAUGGGCAGUUGAUUACGACAAGGAAAUUAGUGCAGCCGGUGCAUUCUUCCACAAGCCAUUCUCUGAGUGCUUGGAUACUGCCUUGAAUCUAGUUUUUCUCAACUUGAAGAAAACUCAGCUUAAAAUCCUGGAUGCUGGAGCUGGAACCGAGCAUAUAGGAAUCGAGCUUCUUAAACUCGGUUACACUGACACCCACGUUCUCGAUAUCUCGCAAGUGAAGCUGAAUGUAGCUCAAACUGAGAAAGGCGUUCCGUACAGGAGGUUUAUCUGCUUCUCUGACAGAAAAAAACAGUUUCAAUGCGUACAUAGUCUUAAAUAGCAAAACUGGACCAUUAUUUUUAAUUCGAUUGACGCUGCGAAAGAAGACACAUUUUAGCUUUUUUAAAAGACAACGAAUUCGGUAAUAUAUAAGCCCUUUUAAGAGCAAGAUUGUUUUGAGGACUUAUGUAUAUAAAAGCGAAUUUCUUGGGCUUGCAAGAAACACGAAAAUAAACCAGCCACACGCACAACCUACAAUCCCUCUGCGAAAGGGCUGGCGCUCGAAAGGUCAUCUUUUGAACCUGUUUAUAGGCCUUUAUAGGCCACGAGGGUGGAUUGAGUAUAUUAUUAAACUGAGUUGAUAAAGCAAAUCUGAUACAUAGCAUUCGGAGUAAGGGGCUAGCGACGUUCCAAAAAGCUAAGUCGAAUCUUUUUCAAAUCCUUAGGGGCUCUAUCCAGGAAGUACAAUCCAGAAGGUAGCAAUCCCAGCAAACUAUGCGGGAUUUGCUCCAAUCAGAAAACUUGCCCACGAAACGCCUCGGAAAGGUAUUAUGGGUAUCAUGGAGCAUACCGCUGCCUGACAGAAGGCGCAGGAGAUGUUGCGUUUGUCAGCCAUCUGAGUGUAUUUGACUUCACAGGGCUGGAAAAUGACCUUAAUCCAGGAGAAGACUUUGGUCUACUCUGCCCCGAUGGUAGUCGUAAAGGUAAAGUAAAAGUGAAUUAUGUGCGUGGUAACAUGGCCGCGUAGUUCCCAUUUUUGUGUGGCCAGCUGUCUGUUUUGACCUUACCCUUGUAUUUGUGAAAAUCGGCAAAUAAUAGAAAAAGCUUUAGAAAGAAUAGUUUGACUUGCGUCCUUUUUAAAAUUAGCUGAGAAUCAUUGAGGAUGUGAGUUGUCAUCUGGUUCACCUAAAGCCUUAACACAUAGAAUAAGAGUCAACGUAAGAGUUUGGCUCCCGUCUAAGCCUCUAUUUUCUUUUCGUAAUUAAUUUUUAAUCUUUACGUUUCAUUUAUGGCAGACGUCGGCAACUUCCAGACAUGCAACCUUGCAAGAAUCCCUUCCAGGGUUAUCAUGGGAAGACCCGAUGGGGACGAGAUGAAGAUUAUUAAGCAAAAGCUUCUUCACCUUCAUGAAUUCCUCCUGUUAAAACCAGAUUUAUUCCAGUUAUUUAACUCAUCUGCGUAUGGAAGCAAAGACUUACUCCUCAAGGACUCCACGGUCAAACUUAUAGACGUAAAAGAAAAGAAUUCAACCGAGGCAUGGCUCGGCGAAAAGUACUUCAAAACGCUUAAAACCCUGCGCUCUUGCCAAACAGUGGCUGCCGCUGCAAGAUCUUUUGGGGAAACGUUGAAAACUUGGAAGGUUGGGCAGUUACUUUGCUUUUAUUUAGUCUUAUUUUUUUUCCUGUCUUCGAUGUGCUUAAUACAAUGAAACUGUGGCAGUCCUCAUCGAUUCCACGAACAAGACCUAAAGUAUUCGACCAAUGGUCAUUCGCUAAUGAAAAUAGGAGGUACAGGAAUAGGUUAAAGGAACAACCUAUCUAGAGGUCUAGAAGAACGGCAGGUACGGAGAGGGGACUAGCUGUUUUUUUUGUUAAGGUGAAAAAAAAAGUGUCCUACAUUCUUACUAUGAAUGUUUUCACCAAAAUGUACGUGUUCCCCCUUCCAUCUUCGCAGCACUGAAGCUUUGCAGGAAGUAUUAAUUUGAAACUCUUUACGAAGUUCAACUUAAAACCCAUCUGGUGGAUUAUUCUUUAGGAAAACAAAAACAAAACAAAUAACAUAAAUGUGUCCACGGUAGAAUGUAUAUAAUCCUGUAGGCGGCUUUACUUUUUUGUUUCUCAAUGUGAUGACUUCAGUAAACUCGCGUUGUCAAAUUACGUCAGUUCACCCAAAAACAGACCUCAAUUAAGGCACUAUUUUAGCUACUAGACGACUCAAGAAAACCGUGGCGUAACGGAGAAAAUCAGAGGAGGAGAAAAUCAGUCUCGGUAAAGGCUUUGCACGGUACAUCGUCGACUGACUCAGGGGUAGUGUGUCGGGUCGGGAGAAACGGUUCGAUGAAAAUUUUCAAGCAAGGGUCGCGUGGUAUAUAUUCCUCUCAUCCCGACUGAUAUGCUCGAUUAUCAGCAGCUGUUGGGGAAACGAGCCCGCGCUCCUACCCCGAAAAGACGGGGCGGACCCGAGGAGCGGCGGAAAUCGAGCCUAUCCGACUGAUUACCCAAGGGUUUCCCAGGAUUUGCAUCGUGUGAAAUUCCCCGACGUAAAAGAGGGGAAACCCUCUGAAACGACAAUCCGACGGAAACUGUAUUAUCAUUACUCCUGGUUUUCAUAUCAUUACUCGCGUCAACGGAUCUCAGUUCUUGAUGUUGGGGGCGACGAUGACAGUUUGAGCCCUUUAGAAGACAUUACCGCUGCUAACAUAAUACAAAAUUCACUUAGCAGUGUUAUAUUUUUGUUUUUCUUGAGUCAAGCAUGCAAACUUGUAUUCAUUACACACAAAGUCAUUGUAACAGUGGACUAUUUCACACUAUAUGCCUACACAUAUAUGGCUACCUACCUUUUUUCAGGCUUAACGCUGUGAAAAGUUUGAGCAAAAACCGGAAAAAAAGGAAAAUCAUUAACCAGUUUAAGUUAACCCAUGAAGAUGAGUUCCUUCAUUUCUCAGGUCGCUAUCUGAGCCCGACACUAAGCUACAAAUAAAAGAAAAAUUUAAAACUAUCGAAAACUAUCACUCUGCAUAGAUUAAGGACUACCCAUGAGAACUGGAGAGAAAGUAUCUGUUGCAAAUUUUAUAUGUCCUCUACAUGACAAAAAACUCCUUAUGUCAUAGCAAGAGACUAUAAANGGCUUUGCACGGUACAUCGUCGACUGACUCAGGGGUAGUGUGUCGGGUCGGGAGAAACGGUUCGAUGAAAAUUUUCAAGCAUGGGUCGCGUGGUAUAUAUUCCUCUCAUCCCGACUGAUAUGCUCGAUUAUCAGCAGCUGUUGGGGAAACGAGCCCGCGCUUCUACCCCGAAAAGACGGGGCGGACCCGAGGAGCGGCGGAAAUCGAGCCUAUCCGACUGA